CAGAGACGCGCGCGUGCCAUGUGUCGGUAUGCGCCCUCGUGGACGCGCCCAGCCUGUGUUUUCCCUGCGCUGGCUGCUCGUCACGUGACAGGGCGAACUGAUCGCUGGCUGGACGGCUGUUUCCCGUCGGUAUAGAAGGCUGCGGUGUCCGCUUCCACCCCGGGGCGGCCCGCUGACGGGAACAUCGAUUGCCUCGGUGCUUGUUAUGGAGUGUGGGGAGCGGAGCGGCACGGCCAGAGAACUGUUCGAGGCCUGUAGGAACGGGGACGUGGAGAGGGUGAGGAAGUUGGUCAGUGCCGAUAAUGUGAACAGCCGGGACACUGCGGGCAGAAAAUCCACACCGCUACACUUCGCUGCAGGAUUUGGCCGGAAGGAUGUUGUGGAACACCUACUGCAAAAUGGUGCCAAUGUCCACGCUCGUGACGAUGGCGGUCUCAUCCCUCUCCACAAUGCCUGCUCUUUUGGUCAUGCCGAAGUUGUCAAUCUCCUGCUGAGACAUGGCGCUGAUCCUAAUGCCCGUGACAAUUGGAAUUAUACUCCCCUCCAUGAAGCCGCUAUAAAGGGCAAAAUAGAUGUCUGUAUAGUACUACUUCAGCAUGGAGCAGAUCCAACUAUUCGGAACACAGACAGCCGGACAGCUUUGGAUUUGUCUGAUCCGUCUGCUAAAACUGUGCUGACAGGGGAGUACAAGAUGGAUGAACUAUUGGAAAGUGCUCGGAGUGGAAAUGAAGAAAAAAUGAUGGCAUUGCUCACUCCACUUAAUGUUAACUCCCACGCUAGUGAUGGAAGAAAGUCAACCCCACUUCACCUAGCUGCGGGCUAUAACCGUGUGAAAAUUGUACAGCUGUUACUUCAGCAAGGAGCAGAUGUUCAUGCCAAGGAUAAAGGUGAUCUGGUUCCACUUCACAAUGCCUGUUCAUAUGGCCACUAUGAAGUAACAGAGUCGCUUGUAAAGCAUGGUGCCUGCGUCAAUGCAAUUGACCUCUGGCAAUUCACCCCUCUUCAUGAAGCGGCAUCUAAGAAUCGUGUGGAGGUAUGCUCCCUCUUGCUUAGUUAUGGAGCAGAUCCCAACAUGCUCAACUGCCAUAACAAGAGUGCAAUAGAUCUGGCCCCAACACCACAGCUUAAGGAACAAUUAGCAUAUGAAUUCAAAGGUCAUUCAUUGCUGCUGGCAGCAAGGGAAGCAGAUGUAGCCCGUGUGAAAAAGCACCUAUCACUGGAAAUAGUCAACUUCAAACAUCCUCAAACUCAUGAGACCGCCUUGGUGAGUUUUAUAAAAAAUGAAUUGCAUGCACUAUUUUGUUGCGAUCGCACCGGACUGGAACGCAGGCAAAUAUGUGAUUUCUUGAUGGUCAAUAAAAGAAGGAAAGGCGCAAAUAUCAAUGACAAGACCAAAGACUUUUUGACUCCUCUCCAUGUCGCAGCAGAUAAAGGUCAUAAUGAUGUUGUAGAGGUGUUGCUAAAACAUGAAGCCAAGGUCAGUGCUUUGGAUAACUUGGGACAGACGUGUCUCCAUCGUGCUGCUCAUUGUGGCCAAUUACAAACCUGCCGCAUUUUGUUAAACUCGGGUUGUGACCCAGCAGUUGUAUCACUUCAGGGUUUCACUGCUCUUCAAAUGGGUAAUGAAAGUGUACAGCAGCUCCUACAGGAAGGCUUACCGCUUAGCAACUCUGAUGCUGACUGCCAGCUGCUGGAGUCUGCAAAAGCUGGGGACCUAGAUACAGUCAAAAAACUGUGUAACCCACAGACUGUAAACUGUAGGGAUAUAGAAGGCCGUCAGUCCACACCCUUACAUUUUGCUGCAGGGUACAAUCGUGUCGCUGUGGUAGAAUAUCUGUUAGAACACGGAGCAGAUGUCCAUGCUAAAGAUAAAGGCGGCUUGGUACCAUUACACAAUGCAUGUUCUUAUGGACACUAUGAAGUAACAGAACUGCUUGUCAAGCAUGGAGCAGUAAUUAAUGUUGCUGAUUUAUGGAAAUUUACACCUUUACAUGAAGCUGCAGCAAAAGGGAAAUACGAGAUUUGCAAGCUUCUCUUACAGCAUGGCGCUGAUUCAACGAAAAAGAAUAGAGAUGGAAAUACAGCGUUAGACCUGGUCAAAGAUGGAGAUACGGACAUUCAGGACCUCCUGCGUGGAGAUGCGGCCUUGUUAGAUGCUGCCAAGAGAGGCUGUGUAGCGCGAGUGAAAAAACUCUGUACUCUGGAAAAUGUUAAUUGUAGAGAUACACAAGGCAGACAUUCUACACCAUUACAUUUAGCAGCUGGCUACAACAACUUAGAAGUGGCAGAGUACUUGUUACAACAUGGUGCUGAUGUGAAUGCGCAAGAUAAAGGAGGACUUAUUCCACUGCACAACGCAGCGUCAUAUGGGCACGUGGAUGUGGCUGCUCUACUUAUUAAAUUCAAUGCUUGUGUGAAUGCCACUGAUAAGUGGGCUUUUACAUCACUGCAUGAAGCCGCUCAGAAAGGAAGGACACAGCUUUGCGCAUUGCUUCUGGCACAUGGCGCCGAUCCUACACUGAAAAAUCAGGAGGGGCAGACAUCCUUAGACCUGGUUACAGCUGAUGAUGUACGUGCCCUUCUAACUGCAGCGAUGCCUACUGCAUCCUUACCAGCAUUUUAUAAACCACAGCUUAUCAACGUUUCCCAGCCCACGUCCUCAACAGCAGGAGUCUUAUCUUCAGUGCCCUCAAGUCCACCCACCCUUUCUGCUGCCAGCAGUUUGGAUAACCUGAGCACCAGCUUUUCAGAAUCGCAGUCUACAUCUAGUGGGGGAGCUGAGGGGGCUGUGGCCUUGGAGAAGGAGGAAGGCAAAGUCCCUGGAUUUGAUCUCAGCAUCAAUCAGUUUUUGCGGAACCUUGGACUUGAACACUUAAUUGAAAUCUUUGAGAGAGAACAGAUCACACUAGAUGUUCUUAUUGAGAUGGGGCACAAGGAGUUCAAGGAGAUUGGAAUUAAUGCUUAUGGGCACAGGCAUAAAAUAAUCAAAGGCGUGGAGCGGCUCAUAUCAGGCCAACAAGGUUUGAAUCCUUACUUGACACUUAACAACUCUGGCAGCGGCACUAUAUUAAUUGACCUAGCUCCAGACGACAAAGAAUUCAUGUCUGUGGAUGAAGAGAUGCAGAGUACUGUCAGAGAGCACAGGGAUGGAGGACAUGCUGGUGGAGUCUUCAACAGAUACAAUAUAUUAAAGAUUCAAAAGGUAUGCAAUAAGAAACUCUGGGAAAAAUACACACACCGGCGAAAAGAAGUUACUGAGGAAAAUCAUAAUCAUGCCAAUGAAAGAAUGCUCUUUCAUGGUUCUCCAUUUGUAAAUGCAAUAAUUCACAAAGGGUUUGAUGAAAGGCAUGCAUACAUUGGUGGAAUGUUUGGAGCUGGUAUAUACUUUGCUGAAAACUCAUCCAAAAGCAACCAAUAUGUCUAUGGCAUAGGAGGUGGAACGGGCUGCCCAGUGCACAAAGACAGAUCUUGUUACAUUUGUCACAGACAUCUGCUGUUUUGUCGAGUGACAUUGGGGAAAUCAUUCUUGCAGUUCAGUGCUAUGAAGAUGGCACACUCCCCUCCUGGUCAUCACUCAGUAACUGGGCGGCCUAGUGUUAACGGCCUUGCUCUAGCAGAGUAUGUCAUCUACCGGGGAGAGCAGGCCUACCCAGAAUACCUAAUAACGUAUCAGAUAGUGAAGCCUGACGCUGCAGUAGAAGGAUAAUCACAAAGCCCCUUGAGCCUCCCGGACUUACAUGUGGAACCGGAAUCUUCGUGAUGGCCAAUCAGAGAGCCUUUAAUAAACAAUGUGAAAGCAUUGUGAUAUUUUCAGAGACUACAGCUUUAAAAAUGUUUAGUGUAUUUCCUGAACAUUCACAAAAUACGUUAUCAGCACUUUAACAGACGCCAUUCUUGAUAUAAAAAUGGGUUUGUCUAUAUUUAACUCUACACAAGGAAACCUAUUUCAUUAACUUGAAUUUUCAAUCCUGUCCUUUUUUUUUUUUUUUUUUUUUUUACACAACACGUUUUAAGCAUCUAACUGCAUUCAUUCUAAUUCCUGUAAAA